AUGAGUUGCGGAGACGGUUGCAUUAAAUUUCUACUAUUCACAUUUAAUUUCAUUUUUUCGCUCAUUGGAUUGGCACUGAUAGUUGUAGGCUCUUUGCUCUUAUCAAAUAUUUCAAGUUUUCAAGAUCUUGUGCAAGAUGCAAGUCUUAGAGCUCCCCAAAUUUUCAUAAUCGUCGUGGGUGUCGUUAUUUUUUUCAUUGCCAGUUUGGGAUGCUGCGGAGCCGUGAGAGAAAGCAGAUGCAUGCUCAUAACGUUUGCCGUUUUACUUUUGGCCAUAUUCAUCGUACAAUUGGGAGUUGGAAUUUAUGCAUUGACACACAAAGAACAAUUCACGACAGCCGUUAACAAAGGUUUGGAAACCGAAUUUGGAAGAUUAAAAUACAAUCCGAAUAUCAGACGAUUAUUUGAAGUUAUGGAAACCGAAUGGGAAUGCUGUGGGGUAAAAGGAAAAAGUGAUUAUUUAGAAUCACUUUAUCCUGUACCCGAAUCUUGUUGCAGAGAUAAAAACAAAUGCAUAACAAGACCAUUGGAUUAUUGGCCAAGAGGUUGUGCUGAAGUAUUAACAAAUUUCACUGGAAAAGCUGGAGAUAUUUUAGGCGGUGUUGCCAUUGCUUUAUCAGUUAUAGAGAUAAUUGGUGCUAUUUUUGCCUUACGAUUAGCCAGUCACGUAAGAUGA